AUGAACAAGCGGAAAAACUUGGGUCAUACUUUGCUCCUGGGGCGGAACCUGAUUCUAACUCGAUACUUGUUUGAAAACUACAACCAAGACACUGCUGAUGGGCAUCUCAACGCCUCCUUGGAAUAUUCAUUCGGUCAAAUCUCGUAUCAAACAAGAAAGAUUCUAAGUGACGAAUUAGAAUCAGCCCAGAAUGAGCACGAGGAUUUGCUUCUAGCCUGGCAGCCGGUCGUUGAAGAUAUCCUUGCCUUAGGUGUGAUGCCUCGUAGUACAUUGCCGGCCGAGUGGUUCGCUUUGGUAGAAUUCCUGAAGAGGAAUAAACCAUUCAACACAGGAGCGGGAGUCAAUAUCGAUCUACUCUUGGAAAGGACUGUGCUCGAUGGUCAAGACUCAGACGGAGAGUCUCAGAAUGACGAUGUGGAUUUAGGCACUAGCGGUACGGAGCAUUGUCCCCCAGAAGAGGAUGAUGGUUAA